AUGAAGGUGCAUUUUUUUAUCCUCCUUUUGAUAAUCUCAUGGUUGUCAAAGAAGAUUACAUCUCUUCCUCUUGAAUCCAAAGUACUCGAUCGUCGUAGUUUUCCUGAUAAUUUUGUUUUUGGAACUGCUGCAUCGGCCUUUCAGUACGAAGGUGCAACAAGUGAAGGUGGAAAAUCUCCAACUAUAUGGGAUUACUUCAGCCACACUUUUCCAGAAAGAACCAGUAUGCAGAACGCAGAUGUAGCAGUCGAUUUUUACCAUCGUUAUAAGGAUGACAUCAAGUUGAUGAAAGACCUAAACAUGGACGCUUUCCGAUUUUCGAUUUCGUGGGCUAGAUUAAUACCCAGUGGAAAGGUAAAGGAUGGAGUAAACAAAGAAGGUGUACAAUUCUACAACGCUCUCAUCGACGAGCUUGUUGCUAAUGGCAUCGAACCUUCGGUGUCUCUCUAUCAUUGGGACCAUCCUCAAGCUCUUGAAGACGAGUAUGGUGGUUUUUUAAGCCCUCAAAUAGUUGAAGAUUUCCGAGAUUUUUCGAAAGUAUGUUUUGAAGAAUUUGGAGAGAAGGUUAAAAUGUGGACAACUAUCAAUGAGCCUAAAAUCUUUAGUAUCUCGGCCUAUGAUACUGGCAACAAAGCGGUUGGAAGGUGCUCGAAAUGGGUGAAUAGUCGGUGUCAAGCCGGUGAUUCGGCUAUUGAGCCUUACAUUGCAUCGCAUCAUCUUCUUCUUGCUCAUGCCGCAGCUGUACAAGAGUUCCGGAAAAGUAACAAGAUUUCACAAGACAGUAAGAUUGGGAUAGUGUUAUCGCCUAUGUGGUUUGAACCUUAUGACUCUACUUCUCCUGCUGACAAGGAAGCUGUUAAACGAGCUCUUGCCCUUGAACUAGACUGGUAUUUAGAUCCAGUUAUCCACGGAGAUUAUCCAGAAAAAAUGAAGAAGCAAGCCGGAAACAAAUUACCUUCUUUCACCACUGAACAAUCCAAAAUGUUGAGAAACUCAUCGGAUUUCAUUGGAAUAAACUAUUAUACCGGUCGCUACGUUGCUCAUCUUCCUUACGUCGACCCUGCACGACCUCGAUUCAAAACUGAUCAACAGUUCGAAUGGAGAAUAACAAAUCACAGUAAUCACCUUAUGGGACCAAUGGAAGAACGAGGCAUAAUCCUAUCAGUACCUGAAGGGUUACGAAAAACUCUUAACUACAUCAAAGACAAAUACAAUAACCCUAUAGUUUAUAUAAAAGAGAACGGAGUUAAUGACUUCGAUGACGGUACAAAAUCACGAGAGGAGAUUCUGAACGACACAUUUAGGAUAAAGUACCUUGAGGACCAUCUCCGACAACUCCACAAGGCUAUAAUAGAGGAUGGAUGUGACGUACGAGGAUAUUACACGUGGUCGUUACUAGACAACUUCGAGUGGGAGCAUGGAUAUUCCACUAGAUUUGGUUUGUAUUAUGUUGACUACGAUAACAAUCUCGAGCGGUAUGCCAAAGACUCUGUCUAUUGGUUCAAGCAGUUUCUCGAUAGACUAGUCGUAAAGAGUAGCGAAGAAAGCAUGGAGGAGGAAGAAGUAAGGGAUGUGUCACGUGAGAGAUCACGUAAGGAAGGAAGUAACAAGACUCUCGACAAUUCAGAGGCUUUCGAGACAUCUGUUGGCUCAAUUAUCUAUCUCAUGACGAACACAUCGAGAAGAGAAGAAGAAGAGAGCGAUCGUUGCACUUUCGAGAUCCCUUAUAAUCGGCUGGAUUUAUUGUUUGGUUCGCAUACUUCUUUUGGACUCUAG